UUGUCCUCGGAUCUGUUCAUCUCACUCUGGUCCCUCUCCUCCUCUGCUCAUCUCUCCAUUCUUCUAAAACAAAUAAAUACAAAAAUAAAUAUGGGGAAUUUUGCAGCCAACGAAGGACUUUCUAUCUUUGUCAUUCUGGUCUGGCUGGGCAUCAACGCGUUCCUGUUUGUUCACUUUUACAUGGCCUUCCUCACUCCCAAGUGGUUCUACACCAGAGUCCUGCUCGGGCAAGCGUUGUCUUGGGCCCGAGCUCCAGCUGCGUGUCUCAACUUUAACUGUAUGUUGAUCCUGCUCCCAGUCUGUAGAAACCUGCUCUCCUUCCUCCGAGGAACUAUACAGUGCUGCAGUCGCACGGCCGCUCGUCAGUUGGACAGAAAUCUCACCUUCCACAAACUGGUGGCGUACAUGAUCGCCUUUCACACAGCGGUGCACAUCGUGGCUCACCUGUUUAACUUUGAGUUCUUCAUGAACGCUCAGCUGGACCAGAACCAGACCAUCCAAUUUGUCCUGUCCCAGAUCGGAACCAAUGACAACGCCUCCUUCCUCAACCCCAUACGCUCCAAUGAGACGUCCCAGACCAUCGUGAUGUUCACCACGGUGGCGGGUCUGACGGGCGUGGUCAUCACUCUGGCUCUGAUCCUCAUCAUCACGUCGUCCACAGAGGUCAUACGGAGGUCGUACUUCGAGGUCUUCUGGUUCACGCACCACCUCUUCGUCAUCUUCUUCAUCGGACUCGUCUUCCACGGAUUCCAGAGAAUAGUUCGUGGUCAGACGAAUCAGAGUCUGGAGACCAACGAUCCGGAAAACUGCUCCGAGCACUUCCAGGACUGGGGCAGGAACGGGUCCGGCUGCGCGGUGCCGGAGUUCGCCGGAAACCCCCCAAUGACGUGGAAGUGGGUGGUGGGGCCCAUGUUCCUGUACGUUUGUGAGCGGCUCGUUCGACUUUACAGAUCUCACCAGAAAGUCGUCAUCACCAAGGUGGUGAUGCAUCCGUCUCGUACCCUGGAGCUGCAGAUGAAGAGGAAGGGGUUUAAGAUGGAGGUGGGUCAGUACGUGUUCCUGCAGUGCCCGGCCGUGUCCCGUCUGGAGUGGCACCCGUUCACCCUGACCUCCGCCCCCGAGGAGGACCACUUCAGCGCCCACAUACGCAUCGUGGGGGACUGGACCGAAGAGCUGUACAAGGCCUGUGGAGGAGACCGGCCCGAGCAACAGCAGGCCUGGACCCUGCCCAAGAUCGCGGUGGACGGUCCGUUUGGGACGGCCUCGGAGGAUGUUUUCCGGUAUGAGGUGGUGAUGUUGGUCGGAGCCGGAAUCGGAGUCACUCCCUUCGCCUCGAUCCUGAAGUCCGUGUGGUACAAACGCAUCCAGAACCAGCAAGACACCUACACCAAGAAGAUUUAUUUCUACUGGUUGUGUCCGGAGACUGAGGCGUUUGAGUGGUUUGCUGAUCUGCUUCAGUCGUUGGAAAAACAAAUGAACGAACGAGACAUGGGCGACUUUCUGAGCUACAACAUCUACCUCACACGCUGGAAGGAGCAGGAGGCGGCUCACUUCCGCGUUCACCACGAGGCGGAGAACGACCCCAUCACUGGACUCAAGCAGAAAACUCUGUACGGAAAACCCAACUGGGACAAUGAGUUCAGCACCAUCGCCACCACACACCCAAGGACCAAAGUGGGCGUGUUCCUGUGUGGACCUCCUCAGCUCGGGAAAUCUCUGGAGAAACAGUGUCUGUCUCACUCUGAGGCUGACGUCAAGUUCAUCUUCAACAAGGAGAACUUCUAAACCUGACCAAGACCUGGUUUAGACCUGGUUUAGACCUGGUUUAGACCUGGUUUAGACCUGGUUUAGACCUGGUUCUGUGCCUGGUUAAGUCACUGGUCUAGACACUGGAUAUGUCCUGGUUUAGUCCCUGGUGUAGACCCAGGAUCAGUCCGGUUAAGCCAAGUUAAGUCCUGGUUCUAAACCUGAUCAAGACCUGGUUUAGACCUGGGACCAUCCUGGUUUAGUGCUGAUUCUUUUUGGUUCAGUCCUGGUUUUAUGCCUGGAUUAAUCGUGGUUUAGUCCCUGGUCUAGACCCUGGAUCAGUCUUAUUUAGUCCCUGGUUCAGUUCUGAUUUAGUCCUGGUUUAGUCCUAGAUCAGUCCUGUUUAAGCCCACGUUCAGUACCUGUUUUAGUCCCUUUUUUAGUCCUGGUUUAGUCCUGGUUUAGUCAUGGUUUAGUUCUAAUAAUAAACAUGUCUGUGUGAUUUCUUAAUGUCCAAAGGUCAUUUCGGUUUUUGGAGGGGGAUGUUUUGAAACUUUGGGUUUUUUUGAAAUUUUCCUCUUCUUCUUUUCAGUUACAGAAACAUUCACGAAAUUUCGGCUUUCAAAAUUCAAACUUCCCCUUUUGACCUUUUAAAACAAGUUCUCAAAGACGGAUCUGUCCAUUUUUGGGAAUGUUGUUUAGCUCUAGUUUAGUUCUUGUUUAGACCUGGUUUGGACCUGGUUUAGUCCUGGUUUCUGUUUUAUUUCUUGUCUCCAGUUCAGAUUUGAUGUGGUUUUAGUUUAAACAAAAUUCAUCCCCUGGUCAAGACCUGAUUAAGUCCUGGUUUAGUCUUUGUUAAGUCCUGGUUUAGUACCGUUUUAGUCCUGAACUGGUUUAGUUUAAACCUGGUUUAGACCUCCUUUAGUUCUGGUUUAGUACACGUUUAGUCUGGGUUUAGACCUGGUUUAGACCUGGUUUAGACCUGGUUUAGACCUGGUUUAGUCCUGGUUUAGUCCUGUUUCAGUCCUGGUUUAGUCCUGGUUUAGUGAGAGUUUAGUUCUGGUUUAGUUCUGGUUUAGACCUGGUUUAGACCUGGUUUAGUCCUGGUUUGGACCUGGUUUAGACCUGAUUUAGUCCUGGUUUGGACCUGGUUUAGACCUGGUUAAGACCUGGUUUAGACCUGGUUUAGACCUGGUUUAGACCUGGUUUAGACCUGGUUUAGUGCAAGGUUUAGACCUGGUUUAGACCUGGUUUGAACCCGGUUUAGACCUGGUUUG